AUGGCCUCCCUAUCUUUGAACCAAUUGCGAGCCACCCAGCGCCUCUGCCUCCAUCUCAAUAAAGACUAUCCCGACUUCACGUUCCUCCAGACAACUCCCCAGUAUCACAUACUUUCUAUGGAGAACUGGUCCAAAACUGCCUGGGCUAACCCGACAUGCAUCGUCAGGCCUGCCAACACUUCGGUCCUGCAAGACACUGUUCGUCUUCUAUCGUCCCAUUAUGUUCCUUUUGCGGUCAGGUCUGGCGACCACAUGCCACCGCCGUUGGGAGCCAACAUUAACGCGGGGGUCUUGAUCAGCCUCUCCAGCCUGGAUGAAAAGAAUUAUGACCCCGAGCGGGACGUUAUAGAGGUGGGGGGCGGGCUCAAAUGGAGAGAUGUCUAUUCCUACCUUGACGAGUACAAGGUUACCGUAGUGGGGGGAAGAGUACUUGAGUCGGAGUGGGGGUUCUUAUACUCGGAGCAAAUUUCCAAGUCGUCGUUGCCAACGGUUCCUUGGUCAACUCCAACAGAUCAUCCCAUCAAGACCUCUUCUGUGCCCUCAAAGGCGGGGCCAAUAACUUCGGUGCGUAUCUCCAAACAAAUCAGGCUCCCCGGUCUUAACUAUCUCCAGGCAUCGUCGCGGCAUUUACUCUGUACACCUACCCCAUCCACCUUAUUUGAGAACAUGCUUGGGCACUUGCCUCGUCUUCUCACCGCGGCUUAUGAGUUUCAACAGUCCGACGCAGCGGAGGGACAUGCAAAAUUUAUGCUCCAGGCAUUUAUAGCAGGCGGGACGAUCAGCGCCGUCAUGAACAUGAUCUAUAUUCAGCCCGAGCCCAACCCAUCUGCCUUUGCGCCGUUCGCAUCAAUUUCCACCGUCGACGACUUAACCCGGAUCCAGACAUUGACGAAAAUGAUGAGUGGGCAGAUGGUGCCUGACAACCAUCGGUAA